UGUUCUGAGCCAAGAGGAGAGCCUGGCAACGCAAAGAAGUGCUGAUUGAUUUAGAAAAGCACGCUGUUGUGAUAUCGCCGGUAUUAAUACCUACUUGGGUGGCGUUAUAACGGGGUCUGGGCUCGUUCUCUUUUCGCGUAGUAGUCUGUUGAGAGGUUUUAACAACGCAAAAUGACAACGUUCUGGUUGCUUCUCUUAAGCGUAUCAAUCGCCUUAGUAACUGCAGAACCGUCCGUUUAUUUCAGAGAGCAGUUUGAAGACGGGGAUGCUUGGAAAAGCCGAUGGCUGGAAUCCACCCACAAAUCCGACUAUGGCAAGUUUGUGCUGUCAGCCGGCAAAUUUUAUGGAGAUGCAGAGAAAGACAAGGGCCUUCAAACCAGCCAGGAUGCUCACUUCUAUGCCAUCUCAUCUCGGUUUGAGGACUUCAGCAAUAAGGACCAGCCACUGGUCUUGCAGUUCACAGUGAAACAUGAGCAAGGAAUAGAUUGUGGAGGAGGCUACAUUAAACUUUUCCCAUCAAGCCUAAAGCAAGAGGAAAUGCAUGGAGAUUCCACAUACAAUAUAAUGUUUGGUCCUGAUAUCUGUGGCCCUGGCACUAAAAAGGUUCAUGUCAUCUUCAAUUAUAAGGGCAAGAAUCACUUAAUCAACAAAGACAUCAGGUGCAAGGAUGAUGAAUUCUCCCACCUGUACACGCUCAUCGUUAAUCCAGACAACACGUAUGAGGUGAAGAUCGACAAUAAGAAGGUGGAGUCUGGAUCUCUUGAGGAUGACUGGGACUUUUUGCCACCAAAGAAGAUCAAGGAUCCAGAUGCAAAGAAGCCUGAGGACUGGGAUGAGCGAGAGAAGAUCGAUGACCCUGACGAUAAAAAGCCAGAGAACUGGGACAAACCUGAGACCAUCCCUGAUCCUGAUGCUAAAAAGCCUGAUGACUGGGAUGAAGAGAUGGAUGGAGAAUGGGAGCCUCCCAUGGUUACCAACCCUGAGUACAAGGGUGAGUGGAAGCCAAAGCAAAUCGACAAUCCUGCCUACAAAGGUAAAUGGGUGCACCCUGAAAUUGACAACCCUGAAUACACUGCUGAUUCUGAGAUCUACAAAUACAGCAGCAUUGGAGUGAUUGGAUUGGACUUGUGGCAGGUAAAGUCUGGAACAAUUUUCGACAACUUUUUCAUUACAAAUGACCCAAAACUGGCUGAGGAGGUUGGCAAUGAAACUUGGGGUGCAACAAAGGAUGCUGAAAAAAAGAUGAAGGAUAGACAAGAGGAAGAAGAGAGAAAGAAACGUGAGGAAGACGACAAAAAAAUAAGUGAAGAAGCCAAGGAUGAAGCAGAUGAAGAAGAAAAAGAUGAAGAAGAAGAUGAGGAGGAGGAAGAGGAGGAGGAGGAGGGGGAGGAUGAAGAAGAUGAGGAGGAGGAAGGAACAGACUCUCAACUUAAGGAUGAGUUGUAGACUUGAAACGAAACUCCUGUCAUGUCUCCUAUUGUCAGUGGGGGAAUAAAGCAGGGGCCUGGACUGCAGUGGACAUUCCUUUGUUUCUCAGCUAAGACAGGUCACAUGUUCAGUUUUGGUGCUGAAUACAUAUUAAUAAUUAAACCAUUCUUCAUUAAGCUUCUUCCACGUAGCAAAGUGGUUAUCAGAGAAACUGCUAUAAGUGGAUUGCCUACCUUUUGUGAUGAAUGCAGUGAACAUGAUGGUUUUGUGGAAUUAUGCAACAUAGUUAAGAAAGGUGGGAAAAAAGUGAUGGUAGACAAAUUCUCUAUGAACCACAGCUGUUCAACUGAACUCACUAUUUCAUUCUCAUUCAUUUCUGCUAAUGUACAGUAUUAUGUCAACAUUUAAGAGGCUGGUAUUUCUACAGGUUGCAGUUCAUUUUCCAUCUAUUCCAUCCUGUGUAAUAUGCUUGAACUAUGUAUGUUGUGUGUAAGAAGGAGAAAAUCCAUGUAUGUUUUUAGUUUGUUUUUGUUUGAUUCCAGAUCUAACCUCAAGGAAAAGAUAAAAUUGUAUUGUUGAUAUUUGACAUGGCCCCA